CAGGAAUUAGCUGUUUACUAUAGAUAGUUAAAAAGUAGAAAAAUCAUACCAAGAUUUAAUAAAAUGUCAUAGUAAACUGUUACGUGAUCAGAUUAAAAUAUGUAUUCAAUUUUUAUAUUUGUCCUUUUUAUUCAUGGUUUUCAUGCGGAGUUGCAGGGUUAUUGUGGGGUUUAUCACGGCAAUAUCUGUAAAAAAUAUGUUGAAAAUACGAAAAGUGUGUGGUACAACAAUAGUGGUGGUUACGAAAAUGAAGUCAUAACUACAGGUUUAUGGGAAGAAUUAAUUGUUACGUUGGAGGAACCAUGCAGAUCUGCUGCCGAAAAACUAUUGUGUGUUUAUGCCUUUCCUGAAUGUAAUAUUGACAAACCACUCCCAUUGUGCCAUGAAGAUUGUGUAGCAGUUAAAGAGUUAUUUUGUUACAAAGAAUGGGCAUUACUAGAAGAUAAAAAAGCACAAGGAGUCUUCGUUAAGUCAAGGAAACAUUUUCGUCUGCCAGAUUGUAAUAUUUUACCACUUUUUUCAAAUAAAACCGUGGGAUGUUCCUAUGCUGGUUUAACCGAAAUGAAAGGAGAUGAAAUUACAUAUGAUUGUGUUAAAGGACGAGGCAGAUUUUAUCAGGGCAAAGUUAAUAUAACAAAAAAUGCGAUCCCUUGUCAAAGAUGGGAUGCCCAGUUCCCACAUACACACGAUUCGCCUCCAGAUAUAUUCCCCGAGUUAAAAAACUCUGAAAACUUCUGUCGCAAUGCUGGAGGUGAAGAAAAACGUCCCUGGUGUUUUACAACUAAUCCUGCGAUAAGAUGGCAGCACUGUGACAUUCCUCGCUGCUUAAACUCAACAAGCGAUGAUAUUGAAAACAAGAACAUCGCGAUGGACCAGUUUUUAUCUCCGGCUUUCUUGAUAAUCAUGUCAGGAGUCGGGUUGUUGGUGAUUGUGGUGUGUCUUCUACUCAUUUUGUUAUGUCAUCGUCUCCACAAACGUCAUCUAUUAGGAUAUAACGCCCCAGAAAUAGCAGAGAUCAAUAUAGAUUUAGAUAAACUACCGAGUAACGUAGCAUAUCAUCGCCAUGGUGCCACUUUAAACCCAAAGUUAGAAAAGCUAGAGUUUCCCAGAAAUGAUAUCAUAUACAUUAGAGACUUGGGGCAAGGGGCCUUUGGAAGCGUUUUUCAAGCUAAGGCCCCUGGUUUGAUUUCGGGAGAGGAAUUCACGGUGGUCGCUGUAAAGAUGCUCAAAGACGAUGCCUCAGAUGACAUGCAAGACGAUUUCGAAAAAGAGGCAUGUCUUUUAGCGGAAUUUGAUCACCCCAACAUUGUGAAAUUGCUGGGAGUCUGUGCAGUUGGAAGACCGAUGUGCCUUCUUUUCGAGUACAUGGGGAAAGGCGACUUGAAUGAGUUUUUGCGACAGUGCUCGCCAAGUAAUUACGUAGUGCGUAGCGUGAUCGACGGUGAAUUUACCAACAAGGAAAUAUACAAAGAUAACCAGCUUACUCAUCUGGACAAAAUUAACAUUGCCCUUCAAAUUGCAUCGGGGAUGGUAUACCUUUCCGACCGCAAAUUCGUACACCGUGACUUGGCAACUAGAAACUGUUUAAUAAGUGACGAUAUGGUGGUGAAAAUAGCAGACUUUGGACUGUCGCAGAAGAUAUACCUUCAAGAUUACUAUAAAGGUAGUGACAGGGAUGCCAUACCGGUGCGUUGGAUGCCCCUCGAAAGCAUCCUUUACAAUAAGUAUACACCCGAAUCCGACGUGUGGGCGUUCGGGGUGUGCUUAUGGGAAAUAUUCUCUUUUGCCCUGCAACCUUAUUAUGGAAUGACGCACGAGGAGGUUAUCAAGUAUUUGAAGGACGGUAACGUUUUGUCUAGUCCGGACAGUUGUCCAGCGCCCGUGUACGAACUUAUGAAGCAGUGCUGGGGUCAGAAACCCGUGGAUCGACCUAGUUUUCUGAUAAUUCAUCAAACGCUCACGGAUAUACGUGCUAAUAUGCUUUCAUUACCAAUGCACUAGACGUUUAUGCAAAUUUUGAGGGGAGAGUUUGAUUUGUGCCUUAGAAUAACAUCUAGAAUGUGGAAGUACAAAAAUUAUUAAGUUCACGCUAAUUAUAAUUGCAGCUAAUGUUAGAGGUAAUUGUGAUAUUGGAUGUUAUUCGUCACGGUAAUGUAUAUUUAGAACCGAGAUAUUGUUGGAAACAAUAUUUUUUAUAUAAGAGCUGAAGUGUUAUUCUAGGGCGCAUUUUUUUGCAAUUUUUAUAAUGUUUGUAUGUUUGUGUCUUGUGGCUCCUAUAUUAGGAGUGAAAUUUAUUGUGGGAAAGUUAUUUAUUGUAAGAAAUUAAAUGCUGAAGAAUGGACAUAGAGAUUGCAAGACUUAUUGUCAUAUUGAAAAUUUUUUACUGUUGUUUCUGUGGUUUCUCAUCUGUGAGAUAUAAAAGUCUAAUAUAAGUGUAACAAUUAUAGAAGUAAUCUAAUUUCUAACGAGAAGGGCUGCGAUUUAUUUCAUUAUUGAUUUAUACCUUGGUGUUCAUGUUAUCUUGGAUUAUUCAAUUGUUUAUAGUAGUACUUAACUCUAAUUAGUUAUAAGCAACAAAUUACUAGCUUUUUUCGUAUACGUAUACCCGAAAUUUGUUAAUAUGCUUUGUCAUUUGGUAAAUAGUGUGUUUAAUCAAAGGCAAUCGAUAUCUUUGUGAUUACAAGAUUUGCGAUGGCAGCAGCCGUAUACAAACAAAUCAUUCCGUAUCAUUUUUGCAAACAUGUAAAGUUACGAUUAACGAAGAUCAAUUUUCAAUUGAUUUUCGGUAUACACUGUUCAUUGUGCAACUAAGGUUCAUUUCACCAAUUGCCAAUGAAGUUUUACUAGUCGCAAUUCUAAAAUAUCGUUUGAGUUAGUGGAUAAGUUCAAUUUCCUUGCUUGGCCGCAUAAUAAAAUGCUCUAGAAGACUAUUAUGUCGGUUUUCCAAAGUCGAGCAUUGCAAAAGUUGCCUUAAAUGUUGUGCAAUGAACUAUUUAAGUCAAAUGUUUACAAUCGAACAUUCCAAAACUAAGGAAAUGCCUGUCGGGAAGUAAAGAAUCUCAAGUUCCUUUGCUCAAAAUAAGUCAUUUUCAGAAGCGGUACUGGUAAAUAUAAAAAAGUUAUUAAUCCAUAGUAUCAUUUUGUACUAAUCUAGACUAUGUUAAGAUCCUCAAUAUUUAUAUACAAUUCUAAUAAAAACUUUUUAUACAUUAUUUGUAUUUCGAGGCAUAUAUUAUUGUGUACCUUUUUUGUGAUUGUAUUAUUGUUUAUAUAUAAUUUACAUUUACACGAUUUUAUACCAAAAAUAAUUAUUAAGUAUUGGCUAAGUGUAGGUAGCUGUUAGUUGA